AUGCCACAUGUUUUGAUUGCUUGCAGUGCUAGUGUUGCUGCUAUCAAAAUACCAGAUAUUAUUUCUCAACUUGUUCAAAAGAACAUUAGCACAACAUUAGUCGUCACAGAAGCUAGUAAACAUUUUUUAGAUGUCGAGAAAAUUAGAAAAGAUUUAAAAAUCGAUGUUUAUACUGAUCAAAAUGAAUGGGAUACUUGGAAAACUCGAGGAGAUCCCGUAUUGCAUAUUGAACUUUCCAAAAAAGCUGAUUUAUUGGUACUUGCUCCUUUAAGUGCUAAUACUAUGGCCAAAGUGAGUACAGGAAUUUGUGACAAUUUAUUAACAUGCAUUGUUAGAGCUUGGAAUGUUUCAAAACCAGUAUUGUUUUGUCCAUCAAUGAAUACUCAAAUGUGGAAUCAUCCAGUUACUAAAGAUCAAGUAGAUAAAUUGGUGUCAUGGGGAUAUUGUCUAAUUCCUCCAAUUGUUAAGACGUUAAUGUGUGGCGAUCAUGGUAUUGGUGCAAUGGCUGAAGUUGAAACUAUUGUAAAUCAAAUUAUGGAAAAACUUAAUAAUUUGUAAAAUAAUCCUUAGAACUUAUAUUUUUUUUUUUAUUUAUAAAUGUCUAAAAAAAUUAUAAUUUAAUGAAAUAAUAAAAUUUUCAAACAAAA